UUAAAAAAUGCGCACGCAAUACUAUAUAAACACAUGGUUUACUAAAGUUAAGACAAUUUUUUGUUUUUAAUCAAUUUUUUUCUCAAUGUAGUAUGAAUACCGGCCGUCAGGCGUCGUCGUCGUCGUCAUCAUAAACAAAGGUGGGGAAUUAACAACAACUAUUUAUAUUGUGUUUAAUUUAAAAUUGUAAUCAGCAAUUAAUAGUAGAAAAUAACACAAGGUGAGCCAGACAUGCGUCGUAAUUGAAAAGAAAUAAUAGCAAAUCUAAAGCAAGUCAGAGUCAGUCAUUACGCAUCACGUCCCACAUCGUUUCUGUGAAAUAAUUAGAACAAAAAUGUAUAAUAUCAUACUACUUUUAGCAGAGAUAUUAUUGCUUAUUUUGAAAAUUUUAUAUUACAUCUGCGAGGAUAUAUACAGAGUAAUUGUUCCAAUAAAAAAGAAAAGCGUAACUGGUGAAAUCGUUUUGAUAACAGGUGCAGGUCAUGGCAUCGGAAAAGAAUUAGCGAUUGGCUAUGCUUCGUUAGGAGCAACAGUAAUAUGUUGCGAUAUCGAUGAAAGAACCAACAAUGAAACGAUGAGUGAUAUUAAGAAGAUGGGAAUAGACUCUGUUUAUGCAUAUCGAUGCGAUGUAGCAGAUAGAGAACAAGUCUUUAGGGUAGCUGAGAAAGUAAAAGAAGAAGUAGGCGACGUUACUAUAUUGGUCAAUAACGCCGGUAUAGUAUUUAUUAAAUCAUUACUAAAUCAGAGACCCGAUGAAAUCGCACGAGUCAUGGAUGUUAAUGUGAUGGCACAUUACUGGACAUUAAAAGCGUUCUUGCCAAGUAUGAUCGAAAAGAAUUACGGUCAUGUUGUGGCACUCUCAUCAAUAGCAGGAUUACUUGGUAUUACUUAUGGAACCGUUUACUGCCCUACAAAAUUUGCAGUCAAAGCGCUAAUGGAGACUGUAUCUGAAGAGUUACGUGUAUUGAGUAAUGGAAAAUCUUUGGUUAAAUUCACUACUGUUUAUCCAGUCUUCGUACUUACUGGAUUAUCCAAAAAGCAAAAAAUGAGAUUUCCAAUGUUUAUGAGAAGUCUAUCACCGCAGAAAGCGGCUUUAGGAAUAAUUGAGGCACAAAGAUAAAAUCACGAAAACAAAAGCAUACCUGCCCGUUGGUUGCCCAUUUUUAAGAUGUUAAGGCAUUUACCCGACAAAGCAGUAAAGUGUGUAAUCGAUUUCUUCGAUAUAGGCGUCUACCCUGAAGAUUAAGAAGUACACAAAUUAUUUAAAAAAUUUGUCCUAUUUUUUAUGAUACUUUUUUUAUUGUUAUUGUAACUUUAUAUAUCGCAAAAAAACUGUAAUAUAAAUUAAAAUUUUGUAUUUC